GGUUGAUAUCAUUUAUUCUCUCUCUCUCGCACGCACGCAUCGAACAGUAUCAAGAACACGAACGUGCCCGAACUUGUAGCGGUUUGAGCCUCUGCCUCCGCCUCUUCUUGGUCGAAAAAGGGCCAUCAUGGCUAUGGACAGCGGAAGGGGGAUGAUGAUGAUGGCGUUCAUGGCCGUCCUCGUGGUCCUCAUCUCGAGCCUAAACGCUACGUCUGGCCACGUUCAGGAAGCAGCGGCGGCGGCGUCGUCGGCGGCAGCAAAAGAAGGAGAAGAAGCCGAUCGCAUAUUGUCUCUUCCAGGGCAACCGAGAGUCCCGUUCCGGCAGUUCUCCGGGUACGUCGCCGUCCACGAGGCCGCCGGUCGAGCCCUCUUCUACUGGCUCACCGAAGCAUACUCCGAUCCCACUUCGAAGCCUCUCGUCGUCUGGCUCAACGGAGGUCCGGGUUGCUCAUCCGUGGCAUACGGUGCCUCCGAGGAGAUCGGUCCGUUCCGGAUAAACAAGACGGCCUCGGGCUUGUACCUCAACAAGUUCUCGUGGAACACCGCGGCCAACCUCCUCUUCUUGGAAACUCCCGCGGGCGUUGGCUUCUCCUACAGCAACCGCUCCUCCGAUCUCCUGGACACCGGCGACCGCUGCACCGCUGAGGAUUCAUUGGAGUUCUUGGUGAGAUGGAUGGAGAGAUUUCCGAGGUACAAAGGGAGGGAGGUGUACUUGACGGGAGAGAGCUACGCAGGCCAUUACGUUCCUCAGCUGGCCCGCCAGAUUAUGGCCCAUAACUUGAAGCCCAAACACUCCAUUAUCAAUCUCAGGGGCAUUAUGGUAGGGAAUGCAGUGACGGACAACUACUACGACAACAUGGGGACGGUGACGUAUUGGUGGAGCCACGCGAUGAUAUCGGAUCGGACUUACGAGCAGCUGAUGAGCACGUGCGAUUUCCGCCGGCAGAAGGAGUCGAACGAGUGCGAGUCGGUCUACUCGUAUGCCAUGGACCAGGAGUUCGGUAACAUCGACCAAUACAACAUCUACGCUCCCCCUUGCAACUCCUCCGAAGGCUCUGCUGCCUCCAGGCGGCAGUCCAUCCGCCUCCCUCAUCGCCCCCGCCACGGCAAGAUUUUGAGGCAGAUAUCUGGGUACGAUCCCUGUACAGAGAAGUAUGCAGAGACGUACUACAACAGGCCUGAUGUGCAGAGAGCACUCCAUGCCAACACCACCAAGAUUCCCUACAAGUGGACUGCUUGCAGUGAAGUGUUGAACCGGAAUUGGAACGACACCGAGGUGUCGAUCCUGCCCAUCUACAGGGAGAUGAUUGCCGGUGGCCUCCGAGUGUGGGUCUUCAGCGGCGACGUGGACUCGGUGGUACCCGUUACAGCCACAAGAUACUCGCUCGCACAGCUCAAACUGGCGACCAAGAUCCCGUGGUACCCUUGGUACGUCAAGAAACAGGUUGGGGGGUGGACGGAGGUAUAUGAAGGGCUAACAUUUGCGACGGUGAGAGGAGCAGGUCAUGAAGUCCCUCUUUUCAAGCCCAGAGCCGCUCUUCAGCUUUUCAAGUCCUUCUUAAGAGGAAAGCCCCUCCCAAAGUCAUGAACUUUUAUUUGCUAUUUACGAGGGAAAAAACCAAGCAGAGA